AUGCCGGCGAGAAGAGAAUCGUUUGGAAGGCGAGAGUCGUUGGGAGACGAGGAAAAGUCGGUCAGCUACGUCGGAGACGUCACAAUCCGCGAGCGCAUUGCGCAUUUCACGUGGACGUGGUUCACGUUGACAAUGUCGACCGGGGGAAUCUCUAAUCUAAUCAACGUACAACCGCACAAAUUCAACGGUCAAACGACGAUUGGCAAGACCAUCUUCAUCUUCUUCAUCGUAAUGCUCGUAUUCAACUUCACGAUGAUAACGCUACGAUUUAUCAUGAAUCCUGGAGCACUGAAGAGCUCUCUCUCGCAUCCGACUGAGAGUCUGUUCUUUCCGUGUAUGUGGUUAUCACUCGCUGUUCUACUCAUGAACAUACAAGCAUUUGGCGUUCCAUCAUCCGGCCCGUGGCUUAUCACUACAUUGAGAGUACUGUUCUGGAUAUAUCUCGCUUGUACCUUGACUAUGGCUGUUGGACACUACCACGUCCUUUUCUCGGCAGGCAAGCACAUGUCGAUCCACUCCAUGACCCCAUCCUGGAUCCUUCCCGUGUUCCCAGUCAUGCUUUCAGGAAGCAUCGCAAGCAGUAUCAGCUCUUCGCAGCCAUACGAGGAGAGGCUGACAGUUAUCGUUGCUGGUGUUUCUUGUCAGGGCCUCGGAUUCCUCAUCUCACUCAUAAUGAUGGCACUGUAUUUGGGAAGGCUCAUGGCAGACGGACUACCGGCUCCAAAACUACGACCAGGCAUGUUCAUGGCAGUGGGUCCCCCCUCAUUUACUGCCCUCGCUCUGAUCGGAAUGUCCAACAACAUUCCACAGGGCUAUGCUUACUUCGCGGAACAUCCGAUGGCUAGGGACGUGCUGCAGCCUCUGGCCCUGGUCUUUUCUAUCUUUAUAUGGCUCUUCGCGUUCUUCUUCUUCGGCAUAGCCUUGGUCGCUUGCCUCCAAGGAAUCAAAGAAUUAUACUGGAGCUUAAUCUGCUGGGCUUUUGUGUUUCCGAACACGGGGUUUGCGAUUGCGACCAUCACCAUAGGAAACCAGCUCAACAGCGAAGGCAUUAGGUGGGUCGGAUCUAUCAUGACGAUACUCUUAGUUGCAGUUUGGCUAUUUAAUUUGGCCAUGCAGGUCAGGGCAGUACAUAACAAGACCAUGCUUUGGCCUGGAAAGGACGAAGAUCGCGACGAGCUGAGGCACAAGAAAGCCUGA